GCGGGACCGUGUGCGUGGACAAGGGAAAAAGGAAGACACGGAGUCCGGCAGGCCGCCGGGAUGAGCCUCUGCGGUGGCCGGAGACCAUGACCCAGCCGAGGCCGCCACGGCUGCAUGGCAACGCGGAGCGAGACUCCGACACCAAGCAGAAGAGGAAGUUAGCCGAGAUCUACCAAGUGCUAAGCAAUGAGCCGGUGGACAUUGCUCCCCUCCGGCGCAUGGCUAUCAGCGAAGGAGGCCUCCUCCUGGACGAGAUCCGCUGCAAAGUGUGGCCCAGGCUGCUCAACGUGAACACCGACGACCUGCUGCCUCCGCCAGAGGAAGAACUUCGGGAAAAUAGCAAGGAUUAUCAGCAAGUCCUGUUGGACGUAAGGCGAUCCCUCCGACGUUUCCCGCCAGACAUGCCCGAUGAGCAGAGAGAGGGUCUCCAGGAAGAGCUGAUAGACUGCAUCCUGCAGGUUCUACAACGCAACACGCAACUCCAUUAUUACCAGGGAUACCAUGACAUUGUGGUCACCUUCCUUCUCGUGGUGGGGGAGAGGCUGUCUGCCACCCUGGUGGAAAAACUAUCAACCCAUCAUCUCAGGGAUUUUAUGGACCCAACCAUGGAAAACACCAGACACAUUUUAAAUUAUCUGAUGCCCAUCAUAGACCAAGUGAAUCCGGAUCUCCAUGAUUUCAUGCAAAGAGCCGAAGUGGGAACCAUCUUCGCCCUCAGCUGGCUGAUCACCUGGUUCGGACACGUCCUGUCCGACUUCAAGCACGUGGUGCGGUUAUACGACUUCUUCCUCGCCUGCCACCCGCUGAUGCCCAUCUACUUUGCAGCAGUGAUUGUGCUCCAUCGGGCACCGGAGGUCCUGGCCUGCGACUGUGACAUGGCUUCCGUCCACCAUCUGCUGUCCCAGAUCCCCCAGGACCUCCCUUACGAGAUGCUCAUCAGUCGGGCUGGAGACCUCUUCGUUCAGUUCCCGCCUUCAAAGCUCGCCCAGGAAGCGGCUCAGCAGCAAGCCGAGAGAACGGCGGUUUCCACCUUCAAAGACUUCGAGCUGGCUUCAUCCCAGCAACAGCCGGACACCAUCCUCCGUCAGCGCUUCCGAGAACAACACCGGGUGGAGGAGAGAGCCAAGUCUCUCUUAGCGACCAAACCCAGGACCAACCGCUUCGUCAAGCUGGCCGUGAUGGGGCUGACGGUGGCGCUGGGGGCGGCCGCCGUGGCGGUGGUCAAGAGCGCCCUCGAAUGGGCCCCCAAAUUUGAACUCCAGAUCUUCCCCUAAGGCUGAAGGACGGAAGGAAUGUCCUUUCUCAUCCUCCGCUCCGCGAGCUGAAAGCCACCUCGGUGGAAGACAAGCUGAGUUUUGAGGCCAGCAGCCCCGAAUCCGUUCCCUUCCACAAGCAACCAUCGGCCGUCGGAGAGCGGACCGUUGCCUUGGGCUGCCCCAGGGUGCGUGGUCUCAACUUCUGCUCGCUCUUCCAGCCAGCAAAGGUGCAACUCUUCUCCACGGACCCCCCUUCUGUCCCCCGUCGUCCGCGGGAUGAACAGAGACGUCUCGGCGUGCCCGUUCGGAGGAGGAGAUUCGGUAGUGUUCCUGCGGUUUUAUCCAAAGCAGAGACCCCUUCCCUGGGAUCUUGAGAACGAGCGAUUCUUGGUCUCCUGUCUUAACCCAAAAUGGGAGAAGAAAUAUGGAAGAAGAAGAAAAAUUCUCAGUGGUUGCCAACGGCAGGACUGGAUUCUCGCUAGUUCUCGUUUCGAUAUUUUGUGUCAGCAGAGGAAAAAAAAAACCGUUAACGCACGGAAUGGAUCAGCAACUGGGCAACUUUUAAGACCCGUUUUAGACUUUUAGGAAUUCUGGGAGUCGAAGCCCACAAAUCUUCAAAGCUGCCGAGAUCGGACACCCUUGGAAUGGAUCUUCUUAGGACUUUCAAACUGAUCCGUUGCCAUGCAAGCCGGGGGGAGGGGGGG